UGCCUUAUCCGAUUCCAUCAACUCUUCCAGCCCUGUCACAAUCCAGUCAUUCCCCCUAUCCCAUCAGUCCACCCUUGCCCUUCACUCCCAUCUAAUUAAAGUCUUUUCCUAUCGUCAAUGCCACCCAAGAAAAACCUCUUCCUCGCGUUCGACGCCUUCGGCACGCUCUUCACGCCGCGCGCGCCUGUUGCCGUGCAGUAUGCGGAGGUGGCGCGGCGGCAUGGGAUUGAGGUGAGGGAUGAGCAGCUAGAGCCGAGUUUUAGAAGAGCCUUUAAAGAAGAGGCGAAAGAGCGGCCGAAUUAUGGGAAGGCGGUGGGAAUGGGGGCUAGGGCGUGGUGGGGUGGGGUCAUAACCAAAACCCUCACCCCCUUCCUCGCCAAAGACCAGCCCCUCCCUGACGCCCUCGUCUCCGACCUGCUCACCCGCUUCUCCACCGAAAAAGGCUAUACCCUCUACCCAGACGUCCUUCCCUUCUUCCGGAAACUCCGGGACCUAAAGGCCCGGCGCUCGGGUUUCAAACCCACGAACGACCCGUGGCGCUGGGACCGCACCGUCGUCGGCGUCAUCACCAACUCUGACGACCGAGUGCCUGGGAUCCUCGCGUCUUUGGGGCUGAGAGUUGCACCGAAAAGGUUCGGCGUGCCGAGUAACGUGCAAAGAUUCGAGUUCGAGAAGAAGGUGGGUGAUGAUGUUAGCUUUGUGGUGAUGAGCUAUGAUGUUGGGUUUGAGAAGCCGGAUCGGAGGAUAUUUGAUGCUGCGAAAGAGUUGCUAAAGGAGACGUUGGCAGAGAGCGAUGCGGAUGUGACAGAGGAAGAUGUGGAGGAUUUCCAGAUGCUGUAUGUUGGCGAUGAUGUGCGGAAGGACUAUUUUGGUGCUGGAAGUGCGGGGUGGUCUGCUGUGGUUCUUGAUCGGGAAGAGCGGUUUGCGAAGGAGCUAGAGGGGAAGGCUGUGGCGAUGGUGGAGACGAGGAUUGAGGGGGAUAAGGAGGAAGAUCCGUUGAGGAAGGUGGCGGUGAUAAAGGAUCUGCGGAGUUUGUAUGGUACAGUGGAUAACUGAGGAGUGCUUCAGUGAUACGUCGUGUAUUGAGUAGAAGUCAGACGGUCUUCCGCAAGGCAAGGAU